AGAAAGAUUUCGGAAGAAAGAAAGACACGAAGUGAAUAAAGACGGUGUGUGAGUAAAAAAGGAGAGAGAGAAAAAACCCCGAUAUAACUCGCUUAAAACUCUUUUUCCACCGCUUUUCUUCGCCGCUGUGAUUGUGGACACCGCGCUCAUUCCGGCUAAUCAAUACAGUAAUUGGCAAUUAAUUAAUAAGCGGAAGGAGGAAUCGUGGCGGAGUCAAUCUCUUGGAACAAGCCGCGUAGAAGGAAUAUCUUUCACGCUUUAUUAAAUAUAUACGUACACACACCCAUCCCAGAGGAAUCCACAUUUGGGAAGGCGCAGCGACCUCUUAAAACAAACCUACGUGGAGCCAAAAAAAUAAUUUAAAAAAAAAAAAAAAACCAACUCAUUUAAACCUCGGAAACAAAGCGGAGGCACCCACGCUGCCAUCACCUCGAAACCAGCGGGGCGGACGAGGAGCCGAGCCCCGGUGCAGGCGGAGGAAUUGGGUGUUCGGAAGAUGUUGCGAAGCCUCGACCGGAGCGUUUGAAAGGGAGAUCGGCUGCUUUGGAUUUUUUUCUUUUUUUCCUCGUAUUUUUUUCUUUUUUUCGCCUCCCCUCCCCCUCCCCCCUCUCCGGGAUGGGGGGACGCGUCUGAUCGGGGAGUGCAAAGAGAAAUGUCUUGAUUUCCCGKGCCCCCCUCGCAAAGGGACAAAGUAAAAGCUCCUCGCAAAAUGUUCCUGACCUGCGAAGGGACCUUCGGGAUGGUUCCGGCCACCAUGGAUUACAGCGGGGAAGCCAGGCCGGGCGAUUUCCACGCCGGCUACCAGGAGAUCGAGGGCAUCAACUUGGGCUACUUACAGAUCAACGGCACCCGCAUGUUCGCCCUGGCCCAGGUGCUCAGCGAUCUGUUCAAGGACAUCCCCAGGACCACCAUCAGCAAGAAGAUGGAAACGCUGAAGAUCAAGAGCCGCCGCUGCGACCUGAAGGAGCUGCGCACCCUCAAGGCCAUCCACUCGGUGCCCACGCGAGCCGUCAAGUGCUCGCUCAUCUCCAAGGCCGACCUGGAGGCUCUGUGCACCUCCUGCAAGAGCCUCAGCCCCCGCCGGAGGAAGAGGAAGAGCAGGAGGAGGCAGCAGCUGCUGCUGCCGGGCCCCGGGGAGCUCUUCCCCUGCCCGCGGCCGCCGCUGCUGCCGCCCUGCAGAACCGGCCCCGGCGGGCCCCGCUCGCCCCCCGCGCUCCCGGGCCCGCAGCCCUUCCAGCGGCGCUUCCCGGCCCGGGGGGAUCGCGGCCCCGCCGCUCGGGGCGGGCUCUUGGCGGGGGUCCUGGCCGGGGUCCCCCGAGACCUGGCGCUGCUGCGCCCCGCGGCCGCGCACCCCUGCGCGCUCCCGGCAGCUCUCUCCCCCGCGGGCCGGCGCCGGCCGGGGCCCUGCUGCGCCAAGGGGCUCUUCCCGCAGGAAAAGGGCCGCUCCUGCGGCUUCCCCGGCUCCAAGCGCCAGGGCACCUCCGCCGGCUACUCCAGCGACUCGGACUCCAGCCUGGACCUCGCCGCGUCCAGCCCCGCCACCUCCAGCGACUCUUCGGAGGAGGARGAGGAGGAAGAGGAGGAGGAGGAGGAGGAGGAAGGGGACAGCUCGUGCAGCAGCGAGGAGGGCAGCUCCUCGGAGUCGGAGAGCAGCUCGCUGUGCAGCGGGGACUCGGUGCAGAGCACCCGGUACCGGCAGGCGGCCCUGCCCCGCUUCCAGCCCCCCCGGGAGCCCCUCGGGGAGGAGCGGCCGCCGGAGCUGCCCCCGAGCGCGGCCAAAGCGCUGCGCCCCGAGCCCGAGCUCCUCUUCCUCUCGCAGCAGCUCUGGGCCAGGACUUCGCGAGCGACAACUUCGGAAAGUUUGAGCGCGGCGGCGGCGGCGCCGGGCUCGGGGGUUCAGUCGGGGCUUUACGCAAAGCAGGAGGCCUCCCCUUCCUCCUCCUCUUCCUCCUCCUCCUCCUCCUCCCCCCCUCCCUCCCCGAGCAGCACCCCCGGGGGGGACCCGCCACAAAAGGAGCGCGGCUUUGGGGACGCCGAGCUCCGCGCCGGAGGGAAGGAUUUGCACAAAGAUGCCUCGAACAAUGGAGCCUCUUUAGAGCGGCCGAGCGGAGCCUCCCCGGGGCCGGCGCCUUCUCCAGAGCCGGGCCCGGGCUCAGCCCCGCCGCCCCCGGAGCUGGGGGCGACCCCCGGCCCCGCCGCCACCCCCGGGGAGCCCCGGCGGGAGCACUUCGACCGCCUGAUCCGGCAAUCCAAGCUGUGGUGCUACGCCAAGGGCUUCAACCUGGACGGGAAAAGUUUGCGGAGCGGCGCGGGGAGAGCGGAGCCCUGGAGGGGCGCGGAGCUGCGGUUCCCGGCCCCGGCAGCAGCGGAGAGCCCCGGGGCGCUGCGGGGCAGCGGCUCCGACCGGAGCGCCAAGCGCCGGCGGCUCUGCAGGGGCGCCGAGGCCGAGAGGCAGCGCAGCUGCUCCAAGGGGAGGCCGCCCAAGACCCCCAGGAGGAAUCCCAGGAAGGGAAGCGCUCCCUGCAAAGCGACCCCGGCCCGCAAUUCCUUCAGCCUGAUGGGCAACUUCCCCUGCACGCCCGCGCUGGUGGUGGGCGCGGACGGGGACCUGUGCCCGGCCUCGUCCCUCGGCGCCAAGAACUCGUGGCCGCUGUCCAAGACGCACCCGCUGUGGAGGUGGCACCUGGGGGGCAGCGCCAUCCCCGUGCCCCCCAGCCUCAAAUUCCGCGGCUGCGGCCUGGAGGAUCCCUGAGGAGCGCGGGAGAGCGGAGCAAAGGUUCCCGGGGCUGGGAGGGGUGCGGGGGUGCGGAGCGGGGUCCCAGCG